AUGUCUCAAACUGUGACUUCCACCCGCGCAAAGACAACCAUAAUUGUCAGAGAUCAAUCUUUGGAUGUCGCUGAUCUCGACGUGAUCAAGCUGGAAAAGCUUGUUGCAAAAGACCCCGCUGAAUCGGCAAAACUCCUCAAGGCCGCGGGGUCAGAGGGAUUCUUCUACGUUUCUUUCGACAAUGACCUGUCAGCGAAGAUCUCAUCUUAUCUCCAGACUUGCUAUCAGAACUCCCAUGAGUUCUUCUCCAAGCCUUUGGACGAGAAGAUGAAGGCGUUCCGAGAGGGUGUUGACUACGGCUACAAAAAAGCGGGCAUCGAAUCAUUUGAAAUCCCUCGAGACAAACAAAGCAGUCUCGCUUUACCACCCCCGUUCGCAGAACACGCUGAGCCGACCCUCGAUCUCCUCAACAUCUGCGAUACCAUAACACGCACUGUGCUCCGCAGCCUCUCCGAUAACCUCGGUCCCAAAGAAUCCUCGGUUCUGGAAAAUGCCCACAGCGUCGACGGACAGAGCGACUCUGGACUAAAGUUUGUCUCUGGUCCCACCAAGGCAUCCAUUGCCGAUGUGCCCGACACUACCCACACCGAUGGCGGCUCGAUCACUCUCCUCUGGUGCGAGAAAUGGGCUAGUCAGAUGCAGACGAAAGAGACGAAGGAGUGGCUGUGGGUUGACCCCAAGCCGGACUGUGUGUUGGUGAACGUUGCGAAUUAUCUACAAGGGCAGGCUGGUGGCCGUCUGCACUCGCCGGUCCAUAAGGUCAGCCAGCCAUUUGAUGGUGAGGAGGACCGGUACUUUGUGUCUUACUUCUUGCGGCCGAAUCACUAG